ACGGUCGGAACGCUCCAAACAUAAACAAACAACCGGACACUUUACAUUGUAAGACAUAUUUCCACAAUGGAGCGGUUUAGUUGUAGAUAAAUCAUGAGAGUUGUUAAUAGGUUGUUCAGUAGUAAAUGGAGGUUAUUGUUCUUCAGGAAUGUGUCCUCAUACACACAAGGACAAAGUCCAGAGCCAAGAAUCCGCGAAUAUUUCUACUAUAUUGAUCAUCAAGGACAGCUCUUUCUGGAUGAUACCAAGGUGAAGAACUUUGUCACCUGUUUCAAGGAUCAGCAGUUCUUAGUAUUCUUCUUCAAUCAUCUCAAAGUGAACCACAGCGGCCGUUAUCAGCAGGACUUCCCCUUCAUCUCACUCUGCGGACGCGAGCGCAACUUCCUGCGCUGUGAUGAUCAGCCAGUCGUCUUCACUCACCUGUUAUCGGAGACGGGGCAUGAGGAGCGUCUGUCAUAUUGUGGGGGUGGGGCAAAAUUGGCUGUUCCGUUCCGCCCAGAAUCUCUCUUCAUGCAUCCGGUCAGUGGCCGAGUGUACCAUCCUGGUCCUGAACGGGGAAGAGGUGUUGGGCUGGUACGCUCCUCAUUAGCUAUUGAGCUGAGUGCCCACUUUGAAUAUGCCACGGGUCAGGAGGGUACAGGCCAACCCACUCAUUUCAUGUGGGCGGGGAAUCGACAUACUCUGACAGCAGAGCUGGCAAUACACUUUCCUCUCCAAAAAAUGUAUGUGUAACGUUACAAUGAUCAAACUAUUCAGUCAUAUCA